ACAACACAGAACAGAACCUUGUCGCAUUUCGUCGUGAAGUUUACCUCACUAUACAGUCAUCACUCGACUUCCAAGAAGCUGCUCACAAGCUUCUUGAAAAUGCGUGUCGCUAAAGAGCUUGGAGGCCCGAUAUAUGCCAGUAUGCUGGUGGAUUGCUGCUGUCAACAGAGAACCUAUGAGCGUUUUUACGGUUUACUUUGUGAAAGAUUCUGUCGACUCCGGAAAGAGUAUCAGGUUCCAUUUUUGAUAGAAAUUCAUGUUACCAGCAUGACAUUCGAGAAAAUUGCUUGCGACACCUACGCAACAAUUCACAGAUUUGACAUCACUAAGUUGAGAAACAUGGCACGUCUCAUCUCCCAUCUGCUGUUCACUGAUGCGAUCUCAUGGACGAUUUUCUCUGAUGUUAAACUGACUGAGAACGACACUACCUCAUCUGGCCGUAUUUAUUUGAAAUAUGUCUUUCAAGAGUUAUGUGAAUCAAUGGGUCUUACAAAGCUAUACGAGCGAGUCACUGAUCCAACCUUGCAACAAGCAUUCGCUGGUUUAUUCCCACGUGAUAAUCCUCAAAAUACGCGGUUCGCAAUAAACUUUUUCACGCUCACUGGCCUCGGCGGGCUCACAUCGACGGAUUUUUUUUUACCAACACCACCACUCACUCCUCACUCACUCUCACGGCUUGAUCUUCGGCAGUUUCUUGAGAAAGGCAUGAAGAAAAAGAAGGAGGAAUCUGUUGAAGAAUCAGCAUCGUCCUCAUCUUCGUCGGACACAUCGGGCGAUUCUAGCGACAGUGAUAGUGAUAGCGACGGCGAUGAUGACUCAGAUUCAUCAUCGUCUUCCUCGUCAUCGUCGUCGUCUGACUCAGAUAGUGCAAAGAAGCCCAAAGCGGCGAAAGACAGUGUCAAACGUCGCCUCAAGGAAUCAAAGGAGCCCAAAGGGUCCGACAAGCAAAUAAAAGAGGAACCGUUGUCACCAAGGAAUGACAGGAGAAAUGGGCGAGAAGAGGAGCGUAUGGACAGCAGUUAUGCUAGGAGGAAGCAGGAGGAUAGAAGGAGAUCAAGGUCGGGCUCCAGAACGAGGAAAGAUGCGAAAUCGCCGGCGAGGAGGCAUGAAAAGCAGCACAGCGAUCGCACGUCUUCGACAGCAGCUAAGGAGAGCAGCAGAUCACGUAGUGAACGGAAAGAUGACUCGCUUCGUCGGAAGAGUCCUCCUCGCUCAUCGAGAAACAACGAGGAUGACAGGAGCAACGAAAACACGCCUCCUUCAAAAACCAGAGAUGCUGGAAGGUCGCGUAGAGAACGUCGUAAGGGUUCUUCCUCCAGUCGUAGCUCUUCAAGAGAAAAGAAAAGAAAGAGCAAGAAUAGUAGUAAUCAUAAGGAACGGGAGCGGUCUCCUGAAGUCCGAUUACGUGAAUUACGUGUUGGCGAUCGUGACCGGCGAGACCGUUCUUGA